AUGACAGAGGAAGAUUUUGAUAGAUAUUAUCAAGAGGCUGAUCUCUACAAAGAUCUUCUCAAUUUAAAAGUGUUUGCUUGUGGAACCAUCAAAUCAAAUAGAACUAUCUUCCCUGAAUUCAUUUAUGAGCGUCCACUCAAAAAACAUCAAUAA